AUGUCUUCGUCUUCGAUCCUCUCUUCGAAACCCUCCACCGCAUCCUCCAAAUCAACAAACUCCUCUCAUCCAGCACUGUUCAACCUCAUAUACCCACGCUUCUACCGUGCUGCAUGCAACACGCAAUCAUCUGACAAACCUCCCGAACCAUCGAGGCUAGCCGACAUCGACCACGAGUCGACAACCAACGAAGCUCGAAUCAAAGUCAUCCAAGCCCUCACGGUCUGCCGCACCGUCAUCUCUAGUCUCGAGGUGACCCGCCUUCGCAAGUCUCGCGUCGGCUUCGACAAUUGGCUCUCCUUCUGGGAACGAGUCUACAGGCUGGAACUCGCCCGCAAGGUCGUAAGUCCCGUGGUACACGCUUACCGUCUGAUUGACGAGCUUUUCCGUACCGUUGCACAAGAACUCAAGUGUGCCACGCAGCGGUGCGUGAACUACGUGAUGCAGGCCCAGUCCGCUACGGACAUCUCGCAAAGCGUCCAGCUUUAUGACCCGGUUAUCAGGCUCUAUUGUCGACGUCGACGGAAGAGAGCCCGAGAUAUACUGGACGAAAUGCGUGAGAGCAUCAAGGAUAUUCCAAUGCACGUUAGCGAUGAUUUUUUCACGGAUGUGAAGCGUGGUGUGUUUGCGUUGAAUGAGCGCUGCGAGUACCAUCCUGGUGAUCCAAUUGCGGAGGAGCGGGAACGGGUGUUUCGUUUGGAGGUAUCCCCGGAAGGGCUUUGUAACCAGGCGCUGUCCCCGCAGUUCUAUCGUGACCAUCAGGAAAGAAUUAUGCGGGUUUUUCAUAUUCACUACGAUAGAUUGCAUCGGCAAGAACUGGUGGAACAGUUGGAACAGUAUCAUGCUUGCACCGACGUCGACGAGGGUUUGAUACAUUGUCCUACAGCAACGGGGCAGGGGAAUGAUGCAGGGCCGUCACAUGGGCAUCCAGGGGUCUGA